UUUCUGUUCACUUGAAAACAGUUUACUUUUGGCAAUCAGAAAGUGAGUCUCUUGUUGAGUGGAGUGUGUUUUAAGCAAUCUUGUAUUUUACUUUCUCUUCUCUCUCUCUCUUCCGACUUAUUUUCUCUCUCGCUCUCUCUCUCAAUUGUCUUUUACCUUUUGUUUUUUUCAAUAAACAUCAAAAGUGUAUCUUCACACGAUGGGAGAAGCAAUCAGAGGUCAGAUUUUCGAGGUUGGACCUCGUUAUGUAGAUCUACAAUAUAUUGGCGAAGGAGCUUAUGGUAUGGUUGUUUCUGCAACGGACACAAUAACAAAACAUAAGGUAGCUAUUAAAAAGAUCAGUCCAUUUGAGCAUCAGACAUAUUGUCAACGGACUCUACGGGAAAUCAAGAUAUUAACUCGCUUCAGACAUGAAAAUAUAAUCGAUAUCCGCGAUAUCAUUAGAGCGCCUACAAUCGAUCAGAUGAAAGAUGUUUACAUUGUACAAUGUCUAAUGGAAACAGACUUAUAUAAAUUGUUGAAAACCCAAAAUUUAAGUAAUGACCAUAUAUGCUACUUCCUGUACCAAAUACUCCGUGGUCUGAAGUAUAUUCAUUCUGCUAAUGUACUCCAUCGUGACCUAAAGCCAAGCAAUUUGCUUCUAAAUACUACUUGUGAUCUCAAAAUUUGUGAUUUUGGCCUAGCUCGUGUAGCUGAUCCGGAGCACGAUCAUACUGGGUUUUUGACCGAGUAUGUUGCCACUCGUUGGUACAGAGCUCCAGAAAUUAUGCUUAACAGCAAAGGUUACACCAAAUCAAUUGAUAUUUGGUCUGUUGGUUGCAUCCUUGCCGAAAUGAUUUCCAACAGACCUAUUUUUCCUGGUAAACAUUAUUUGGAUCAAUUGAAUCAUAUACUCAGUAUAUUAGGAUCGCCCUCUCAAGAAGACCUGGACUGUAUCAUUAAUGAUAAGGCCAGAAGCUAUUUACAAUCAUUACCGCACAAAGAAAAAGUACCCUUUUUCCAAUUAUAUGAAAAUGCCGAUGAUAAAGCACUUGAUCUUCUUGACAAAAUGUUGACAUUCAAUCCUAACAAAAGAAUCACAGUGGAACAAGCAUUGGCCCACCCCUAUCUUGAACAAUAUUAUGAUCCUGGAGAUGAGCCAAUUGCUGAUGAGCCUUUCCGAUUUGAAAUGGAAUUGGAUGAUCUCCCGAAAGAACGCCUGAAAGAAUUAGUUUUUGAAGAAACCCAACGGUUCAAGUCAACUUUGGUUGGCAAUCAAACUUGGACAGCAAAUUGAUUGUUCAUCCAGCAAGGCAUGGUCAUUAUCUUUUUUUCUGGUCCUUCUUUUCUAUCUUUAUCUUCACUCAUCUCCUUUCCUUUCUUACUUUCAUCUUCAUUUCCAACUUUCUUCAAUUUUUCUCAUGCCUUUAAUCAACAUUAUAAGUUCUUUCUUCUACUUUCCAUAAAACUAAAACACUAAAACGCAUCAUAAGUUUUCCCAAAUUCAAUGGGUAACAAUUUUUUUGCCCAUGGAAAUCAAAAGUGACAAGAAUCUUAUUCCGGUUAAUUCAGUUUUGUUGGUUCAUUCGCGUUUGAAAGCAAUCAAUACGUGACGUGAUAAUGAUCAUGACUUUUGCCCAAGUUAUCAAGAUUUAUUCUUUUUUCCUUUGUUAUAAAUUCAACUUUUUUACACCUUUUUUUUGGUGAAAAUGAAGUGUGAAAAGAAACUACUUCAUCUUUUCGUUUCAUUUUUCUUCUGGAGGACAAAGAGAAAAAUGGAUGAUAUUCAUCGCCAAAACACGUUGAAAGAUUAAAAUCUAACCGAUGUUUCAACCCCAACUCUAUACAUACAUUUUCAAUUAUAAAUAUAUUUUUUCGCUAAUCAAAUGUAUGGGGAAACAGAACUCGAUCCCAAAGUGACUCCGAGAAUGAUGAAAAGAAGCCAGACAAAGCGAUAAAAGAACUACAAUCACAAAGCCAAACAAUAAUUAAAUCCUGAGAAUCAGAAGAUUGACGAUUGACCGAUAAUCAUUUGUGCUAUCCAAUUGCUUUACCAAUUGAAUUUUUACCGCUCAAUCACUUUUCUCUCUCACGUACUUUCACUGUCUCUGUUCCUCCGAUUUCUUCCCUCCCUUUUAUCAAUACUAAUGAGUUAUGUUAAUGUAUAAACUCAAAAAGACCAUUCCAAGGCAGAGAAACCCUUUCUUUUUUUGCAAAGCCAUUGAUUCAAUCUUUCAAGCAAAGUGAGCAAAAAACUCAUCUUGGAAAAAAACUGCAUCUUCAUGAUCAAGGAAACAAAUUGGAUUGUUUUUUCAUUUACCCCAAUUGAAGAUGCCAAUCUCGGUGAAGACGAAGACGAUAAGGUCAAUAAUGUAUCUUAUUGCUCUUCAAUUUAAAAUCCGUAGAUAAUGCUUUCAAGUGAUAAUCUUCACUAACAAUUAGUUUUUUGCUUAUAAACCCUCUGAUUGAUUUGUCUGUUAUGAACAAAAAAAGGUCCAUUUCUCUGUCUUAUUUUAUCACAAUCACCUUUUCCUCUCCUUACAUCUCUUAACCUGAAAAUAUAACGCAACAUUGAAAAUCUUAUUAAUAUUUACAACUCUCUAAUUACUAUUAUUACCAUUUUACAGAAGAGAUAGGAAUUAAAUUGAUAAUGCAAUCCAUCCUUGAACAAUUAGCUGACAAGUUUAUAAUAUAAAAAAAA